AUGAAUAAUGAUACUUUUGUUGACGCUUUAAAGGGGACGUAUGAAAUUGAUAAAAUCAGGCAGGCAAUGAAAGUACUCGAUAAAUUUCCAUCGAUCCCACCAAAAUGGUUUGUAGAUAGUGUGGAAGCCAGAAAUAUUGGUAUUGAUCUGUUGAAUGAUAUUUACAAACUUUCAAGAAGAAAACGCAUAAAUAGUAGUUCAAAGUUAAAAGGUAAAGGAGCUUUGAAAUCAAGUAACAACAAUGGUGUUGAGUCGAAAACCACUGUGAUUCGAUCACCUUAUAUUCAAGAAGAAGAUAAGUCUACGUAUUGGAUUCCGAUUGAUGUUUUCAAAACUGUUGCACAAAAUCAAAUGAAAGCUCUUGAGAAAUCAAGUGACUAG